AUGCUGCCCGAGGUUCUCCCGGGAGCCCAGCUGCCCGUAAAGCGGCACCCGGCCACCCUGGGGGAGGCCCUGCGCUAUUUCUUUCGCGAGAAUGUCACCCAGGUUGAGGCCAUCUACCAAGAGAGCGAGUUUGGCGGCGACGGUGACGAGAUGAUGAAGCGGAUGAUCCGCGACAUGAUGUUCAUGUGCCCAUUGAGGGCGCUGUCUUCGGCUUGGGCCCAGCACGACCUUCCGGCCUUUAUGUAUGUCUUCGACUUCAGCUACGGCCUCGCGAAGAUCAUCGGCUUGGGAGACUUCCACGGUAGCGAGCUGCCUUUUGUGUUCCGGAAUUGGCUGGAGUUCAUCAAGCCGAUCGAUCCGUUCCACUCCCCGCGGCACAUGGCCGACAUCAUCAGCUGCAAGUGGACAUCCUUUGCCUAUGCGCUGGAUCCCAAUGGGGGUGUGGACGAAAGCCGCUGGCCUCCAGGAUGCGAGGACAUCAACCGAGAAUUCUCUGACUGGCCCCGAUUUCAUGCCACGCAGCGGCUCUUCUACGACCUGAAGGGGCGCCCGGAGGUUCACGAGAUCCUGGCCGACCUCUGGCUGAAGGGCUGCAAUGGCUACAAUCGCUGCACUCAGGACAACCGCUUCCCGGACGACCUGUUCCCGCGGGAUCCCAAAUGUAACCUCUGGGACGAGCUGGCUUCGACUCUCCACUGGGUGCACGAGGGAGCCUUCGCUGCAGGGAAGAAGAACCAGGGGGAACUCCAAGAAACUGCAUCGAAGAUCAGGCUGCAGCGAGGCGGCCAAGCAGCUUCUGAGGCUCUCCGAGUAGCUUCGGCGUCCCUGCAGCGAAUCCUCAGCAGCGUGGAGGAGGAGACCAACUCGUACUUCGACAUUGGUGCCGUGGCGCUGUCGCUGUGCUGCGCCGCUCGAGCGGAGGGCGCUUCCGAGGGCAUUGCUGGACGCUGGCGCGAGCUGAGGGUGGCGAGCCAUUGGCAACACCACCUUUCAAGGCUUUGUGACACCACUUGGUGUUACUGGAUCCGUGAGCUCCUGCCGGUGCUCCUGGAAGAGCUGCGAGGAACUUCGUUGGUAUCUGCGCUUCCGUGGCUCUUCGCGGCCUUUGCGGCCCCCUUGGAGGCGCUGGUACCCGAAGGCCGCGCCAGGGACGCACUUCUUGUGGAGCUGCGCAAGGCAUUGGAGGUGGGCAUCAUGCAGCCUCUCUGUGCCAAGAUCGAAGAGGAUCUGCGGCUGCUGGCGCAUGCGACGAUGCAGGCCAACAAAGACGCGCUGCCGCUUGCCCCACCGGAGGAGGCUCUCGUGCUGCUGCGCUUGCGGCCGCUGCGGCUGACGGUCACGGACGUCGUCGACCUCAAGGAUCAGGUCGAGCUGCGGCUGAGCCGCCACUUCUACGACCUGGCCGCACUUGCGCCUCAAGAUGCCGAGGCCUAUGCCCGGAUGCGCUCUGUGGCGCUGCAGCGGUAUGGCCUGGACCUCCUCGACGGCGGCUUACCUGCCGGCUCUCUUGCGCAGGGGCUGGAUGUGAUUGACGUUAUGCGGAACGUUCACCUCUUGGCCACCCAGUACUGCUACAGCCUUCACCAACAGUUCUUUACGCAGGCCUCCAACCAGGGCGAGGCGAAGAUUCGAACGAUCACGGUGGAGCACUUGGCUGCCUCGAUCCGCGUCCAUGGCUACGGAGUCAUCAACACCGCCCGAGCUCCCAAGCCCGGGGAUGGAGCAGAGGGAAGAAGAGCUCAUCACGUGGUGGCCGAGUUCCUUGCCGAUGAAUCUGUCAAGUCGCGGCUCCUGGCCGACAAGCAGUGGAUGCAGGGGCGGAGUUGCUACACCUGGGCGCGGGGUGUGGAGUCCGCAAAGGUCAUCCGAAGGCUCGGUGCCGGGCGUGAUGGU